UGCAGUAGGGUCGAAGUCAGCAACAAAAUGAAUCAGCAUCGGAACCAAAAACGCACAAGGAAAUCUCAAAAAAAUCUGCAUUGCGUCGUACAUUUCCUUGAUCAAACAGCUCUACUUUUUCGGUGCAAUGGAAAGGACAAUGGAAAGUCUUUAAUGGAUCAGGUGAUCCAGCGUUUCAGCCUUCGUGAACCCCAAUAUUUUGGACUCUCCUUUCCUGGUGUUCAUUUAGGCUAUUGUUGGUUAGAAUUUGAGAAAUCUCUAUCUCAUCAAUUUAAAUGCUCUGCUGGGCAAGUUCAUCUCAACUUUGAAGUCAAAUACUAUGUUGAAAAUCCCAGUCAGUUACUUGAUGAGCAGACGCGAUGGCUCUUUUUCCUGCAGACUUGGAAGAGAGUAGUUAAUGGUUCCUUGCCUACCAGCCCUCAAACUUGCUGCCUUUUAACAAGUUACUAUCUUCAAGCUACCUAUGGCCCAAUCAGCUCAGAAGCUGAUGAUUUGUCUAACAUUUCUAAUCUAGGGAGUGUUCCUACUGUUGUAAAAGAAAACACCUCAGUUAUCCUGGAGCUACGAGGACUGUUGAAAGAACAGUCUAUUGAAAAAGCCCAGACCAACUUUUUGGAUCACGUAAGAAGAGUCGAACUAUACGGGGUUGAUCUGCAUCCUGUCAAAGAUGCUAAAGGAAAAUCAAUCCUGUUGGGUAUAUCGGGACGUAACUUGUCGAUAUAUCGAUCUAGCAAUAAUGUACGAAUCAAUUCGUUUGCAUGGUGCAAAAUUUUGCGGUUGUUCUACAAGAAGAAACGUUUCUUCAUUCAGCUACAGCACGAAAAGUUUGAAGAGUACGACACAGUUGUGGGUUUCUUGUUACCCACCAAACGGGCAGCUAAACGCCUAUGGAAAAACUGCAUCGAGCAGCACUCUUUUUUCCGUUUGGGUUGUCGACAAGUGGACCCAAAACAAAUCACGAAAGGCGUCUGGCCGGUCUUUCGCAAACUGUUUACCGUACAGUCGUGCUACAAUGUGAGAGAGCCUUCAACCAGGGUGGCGGUUGAUCGUCGUUCUAUUACUUACCGUCGAUAUGACCAUCUUCAUAAAGUCCAAUCAACUACUGAGGGCACACCUCCACGUCCAGCUUGGUCCAGUAGUUUACCAGGAAGUUUAGAUGACGAUGAUUGCAAAAGUGGCGUCAAAGAAGCAAUUCCUUCCUUGGAAAAUGACAGUUCAUCAGCUUCGCCCAUUUCUGCUGCAGCUUUCAUUCCAAAUGGCAUGCAAAGUUUCGAAUAUGCCGAUGAAGAUUCGCAACCUGACAUUCGUCUACCACUCUAUCUAUCUGAUGCUUCCCCAUCAGUCUCUUGUUCACGUCAUUCGACUGAUCAGUUUGAUGUCCGAUUGAAAGCAGAUGCUUCUGGCGUUUUUGGUUUCAACUUGCGUUUUGAAAAAGAGCGAGCAAGUGCCCGUCUAUCUCGCCUCUUGCCCAACAGCUCGGCAGACAUGAGCUAUCCACCCAUGCAUGUUGGUGAUGAGUUGGUGGCCGUCGAAGGCCACCCUGUUGAAUGCCUGACCCAAACAGAACUGAUGGAGCUAUUUAGAGCGGCAAGACAGUCUUCACUGACGUUAUCCCUUCGACGUACUGGCUAUUGCUGGACAGAACAAGAGGAAGAUCCUCCCGUUCAAUAUGUUUUGGAGCCACCAGAAAUGUCACCCAAAGAAAGCGUGGCAGCCAUAGUUGAUGGCCUUCGCACUGGGCGUAUCCUGUCACAUUUUGAUCUGUUACCCCGCUCCAGGCCAGAACUGUCGUCCAGUAUAGCUCGUCGUGACGAGAAUAUUCAGAAGAAUCGAUAUGGUGACAUUUUCCCAUAUGAUUGUAACCGAGUUGUGCUCUCCUCUUGUGAUAAUCAAGACGAAAAUUACAUCAACGCCAGUUACAUUAAUAUUCCGAUGCCGGGUGGUAAUAAAACCCUCCGUUACGUAGCCACGCAAGGACCUCUUCCGCAUACUGUUGAAGAUUUUUGGUCUCUUGUGUGGCAAGAGGAAGGCAUCCGUACUAUAGCCAUGGUGACACAGGAAUCGGAGCGUGGUCGCAUUAAAUGUCAUCGUUAUUGGCCAGAAAUGGACGAAAUUGUCCGAGCAGGUCAACUUGUGAUUGUUUGCCAAGCCAAGUUAGACCAUUUAGGCCCGUUCGUUCAUCGAGAAUUCCUCUUAACAGACGAACGAACCGGAGAAAUGCGAGUCAUCUCGCAUGUGCAAUAUCUAGAGUGGCCGGAUCACGGAGCUCCGGUUCUGGCCUGUCAAUUUCUCGAUUACGUCCGUCACGUCCAAACAUACAGCGGUAAUGAUUGCGAAGAAGGAGCGGUCGUUUUGGUUCACUGUUCAGCCGGGAUCGGUCGUACAGGAGCUUUUAUCCUCUUGGAUUCCGCCAUGCGAUUAAUCCAAGCCGAUUGCGCUGUCAAUCCAAUCCAUUUGGUGAAAAUGAUGCGCGAUCAGAGACCGAUGAUGCUGCAAACAUCAAUUCAGUUCCAGUAUGUUUGUGAAUGCAUCAUCGAGAGCUCCCAGGUUUAAAAGCACGUCUACCGAAAAUAACGUAGUCGUAAUAUAUCCCGGAACUUCUGGGUUUUAAAUGCAAAGAUAUGCAGAGACACUAGUCAAACAGUGCGAAAUCAACUUUCAGAGUUGAUGAAUUGCCUGAAUCUCAGCACGCACGAGGCAACUCAGUCCAAAGAUAUUCUCAUUUUUAUUCAUUUUAAUUUCACUCACUAUUCACCUCUACCAAAAAGAAAUUAACUCGUUUGCUUCCUUCGCAUUGCCAUUGGAUUAUUGACACAUCACAUUUUAUAUCUGUGCGAGUUCAUUCACCGUUUUGUGUUCUUGAACAAAAUAAAACUUUUUCUUUAUUCGUUUUA